AUGGCGACGCUGGACAAGCUCGCCAUUCGUGGCAUCCGGUCGUUUGACGACAAGUCUGUGAACAUCAUCCAGUUUCAGACGCCCAUCACUGUCAUCGUCGGCUACAAUGGUAGUGGUAAGACGUCAAUCCUUGAGUCCAUCCUCUACGCUACUACCGGAGACAUGCCACCCAACACUAAGGGUGGUGCCUUCAUCCACGACCCAAAAAUUGCCGGAUCGAAGGAAGUCAAAGCUCAAGUCCGUCUGCGAUUCUAUAACCAAUCGCAAACUCGCAUGAAUGUCGUCCGCAACGUCCAGGUCUCACAGAAGAAGACAGGAAACUCGACCGCUCUCACUCUCAAGACGCUAGAAGGCCUUCUCCAAGUUGACGACCCCGAAGUUGCAAAGAACAAGCGCGCCACCCUAUCAACCAAGUGCGCCGAACUCGACGAAGAGGUGCCAAAUCAGCUGGGCGUCUCACGAUCCAUCCUGCAGAACGUCGUGUUCUGCCAUCAGGAAGACUCCAAUUGGCCUCUGAGCGAGGCUUCCGUCCUCAAGAAGAAGUUCGACGACAUCUUUGAUGCAACCAAGUGGACCAAGGCGAUUGAUAACAUCAAGGUCAUCAGGAAGGAGCGUACGAAUGACCUGAAGGUCUCCAAGGCAGAGCUGGAGGCGCUGAAGACGGAUAGGGAUAGGAGUGAGCAAUUGAAGGCGAAAAAGGCGAAGCUUGGGGACAGUCUCGCAGAGAAGUACGAGCGUUACGAGACGCUCGGCACAGAGAUUCGCCGAGUCACCAAGGAGAACAAGCAAUUCUAUGACUCGGCUGUCAAGUUCCGCGAGAUCGUCAACCAAGCAGAGACCCUCGAAGAGAAGAGGCGCUUGCACCAGCAGAAUCGAGAGUCGCUCCGUAUCUCGAUGACGGAGCUGCAGGAGUCUGACGACGAGUUGCAGCGUCGCAAGGAUAGCUUUCAGGAUCAUCUAUCCCGUCAGCGUGGCCGUCGUGACGAUUUUGCCAAGCGCAUCGACAAGAAGCGAUCAGAGAUUGAGCAGAUCGAGCGCCAGUACUCGACCAAGCUGAGCGAGAAGGGUGCCCUCGAAUCUGACAAGAAGCAUCACGAACGAGCCAUCAGCAAGCGCGAAGAAGAGGUUCGAGCCAUCUCCCUCGAGCUCGGCAUCCGCGGCUUCGACGUUGCCGGCCUGAGCGAUGCCCAAAUCGCUGAUUUCAAGCAUCGUCUCGAUGAGAGCGUCAGGGCUGCCGAAAAUGCGCUCAAGGACUUUCGAGCCAAAAGCGGGGAGAAAGAGCAGGACUUCUCCAACAAGUACCAAGAGCUGAGGACGGAGCGCUCAAGCAAGGUCUCUUCUCGCGACACGACUUCAGUCAACGCCAAGCGUAUUAAGGAGCGCAUGAAGCAGGCCACGGACGAGCUCGAGGACGUCAACAUCAACGAGUCGGACAUUAGUCACGCAAGGGAGACGUUAGAGGAUGACGAGAAGAAGCUGAGGCGUAUCCGAAAGGAACUCGAAGAUGCCAAUUACGACGAGCAGCUCUCCAAAAAGAAUGGCGAAAUCCGACAGCUCGAUGAACGUCGCGAGGAGCUGACGCUGCAGCUCAAUGAGCUGAAUCGCUACGCUGAGUUCCGCGCUAAGCUCGACCUCAAGAGGAGGGAGAGCGAGGAGAAGAAAGGAGCAGCCGACGAUCUGGUGAAGCGCCAUGCUGCAGCGUACAAGACACACACAGGGCAGGAGGCCAAAGUAGAGAGCUUCGAUCGCCUCCUCACUACCUCGAUCAGCUCCAAGGAUCGCGACGUGGCUGCAGCCGAGCGUGAAGAAGCCGAAAAGACGAGGUCGGUCCAGCAUCUCGAGUCAGCCUUGUCCAUCGCGCGCGGCCAGCUUAGCAGCAAGCGUAACCAGCUAAGCCAGCUGCAAACUGAGGUAAAGGCGUUCCUCAAGGACGAAGACGACGCCAAUAGUGUGGACGAUGUCAUCACAGCGGCUGAAGAAGAGGUACGAAUUCGCUCCGACGAGCUCUCCUCGGAUGCGCAAGCGCAAGACUUCUUCCAACGCAUCCUCAAGGUCGGCCAGUCGCAGCACGAAUGCCAGGGUUGCGGCCGAGGGAUCAAAGACAACGAGCUGCCUGCCUUUGAGAAGUAUGUGCUCAAGAAGAUCAACCAACUGAGUGCUGAUGGACGCAAGCAGAAUGAGCAGGAUUUGCAGGAGUGGAAGGGCGUUCUGGCAAAGGCGCGCGGCCUGCUGCCGAAGGAGGCGACCGCCAAGACUUUGCAGGAGGUGGAAAUCCCCAAGCUGGAAAAAGAAAUCGAGGGCCAGUCCGCCGAGCUGGGCAAGAAAAGCGAUGAAGCUGAGCAUGCCUCGAGCGUCGUGCGUGACCUGCGCGAGCAGCAGCAGCAGAUUGCAGCGUUGAAGCGUGCGGCGCAGGAUAUCUCGCGCCUGGUGGGGGAGGCAGAGACACUGCGCAAGGAAGCGGCUACGCUGGAGAGUGACCUUUCCAGCUCUGGCUCGACGCAGACUGGUGAUCAGGUGCAGAGUGCUAUCGGUGAUAUGGCGGACAGUAUUCGCACUUUAAAGCGCGAAGCGAACAUAAUCGCCGCCAAUCGCGACAGCAAGCGCAACGAGCUCAACAAUACUGAGCGUCAAUUCUUCCGCAGCCAGCAGGCUGUUGCACAGAAGGAGCAGGAGCUUGGACGCAAGGCUAGCCUGCAGAAGAGAGUCGACGAGCUAAAGGGCGAGUGGGAGGAGCUGAAGGAGGCGGAACGUCGACUGGAGGAUGAGAUCGAGGGGCUUGCGCCGCGCAUCAGGAAGACGAAGGACGAGCUAGAGGCGGUCAAGGAAGAGCAUGCGCGAGAGGAUGAGAAAUUGAGCGGGGAGCUGAGCGGGCUGCAAAGCAAAGCUCGUGAGCUCCAAGAGACGAGCGACCGAGUGAAGCGAUACAUUGAUGGGCGUGGGGAGCAGCGGCUGCAAGAUUGCAUCGACAAGAUCAAAGACCUGCAGUCCCAAACCUCCUCCGUUCAAGCCGAGAUCAAGGAGAUUGAGGCCCAGAUCUCCACCGUGGACAAAGACCUCAACGAAUCCAAUGCCACAGAGCGCAACAUUCUCGACAACCUGCAUUACCGGCAACUCGGGCGCGAUCUGCUCCACAUCGAGGAAGACCUCAACAAGCUCGACCUCGAUGCCGCCUCCAAAGCCCGCAGGGACUUCGAAUCCAAGUACCAUGACCAGAAGCAGAUCGAGAACUCCCUGAACGGGGAAGCGCAGCAUCUCUCUGGGGAGAUCAAGUCGCUUGAUGAGCAGAUCAGGACGCGUGACGAGGAGCUGAAGACGGACUAUAAGGACAUCCACACGCGCUUCUCGAAGAAGCUGGUUGAGGUCAAGACGAGCGAGCUGGCAAAUGCGGACCUCGAGCGAUACGGGAAGGCACUGGAGCAGAGCGUGCUCAAGUAUCAUGGUUACAAGAUGGCGGAAGUCAAUGAAUCGCGAGUAGAAGGAUGGAGGGAGGGCUGGAUCUCCAUCCGUCUCCUUUGGGCUCGCACCUAUCAAGGCAGCGACAUCGACUCGAUCUCGAUCGAGAGCGACAACGAGAAGGUCGGAAAUCGCUCUUACAACUACAGGGUCACCAUGAUGAAGGACAACGUCAAGCUCGAUAUGCGAGGUCGUUGCUCGGCCGGCCAGAAAGUCCUGGCUUCUACGCUGAUCCGUCUCGCGCUCGCCGACUCAUUCGGUUGUCGCUUCCUCGCCCUCGACGAGCCUACCCUCUGUCUGGACCAUGAAACCGUCUCUGCCCUGGCAUCCUCGCUGGGUGAAUUGAUCAAGGAACGACCCAAGAUGCAGCUCUUAAUCGUGACCCAUGACUCGGACUUCUUGAGCAUGCUCAGUCAGUCGAUUCAUAUUGAUUCGUACUACCGCGUCUCUCGUGACAAUGCGGGCAAGUCGCUCGUUGAGAAGAUGCGCAUCCGAUGAGCGGCCUACGACUCACCGCUCUCUACCCUUACUUUUUUCCUGUCUCGUCAUCAUCUGUAUUCUCAUCAUC